AUGAGUGCCUUCCAGAAUGCGAUGAAGUCGGCGAUGAACAAGGAGAAGAACGACAAGAUGAGGUCGAUGAGGGCUGUCGCGAAGGACGCCUGGAAGCACAAGAGCAGGGAAAUCGCCUGUGUCGGCUCGACCAUUACGGACGAGGCCAAGUUCCUGGGACUGGUCAAGAAGGCUUCCGACGAGGCGGAGAAGAUGAACAGCGCUACCCGCAACGCGAAGAUCAACGCAACCAUGGCCGCCGACCCCCCGACGGGGCGAAAGGGCGCUAACGCCAGCGCGAACCACUGGGCCUGGGCAGUUGUAGACGCUUGGUACAUGUCGGGUGGAAGGUAG